AUGGUCCAGUCAGAGAAACUCCCGGCGAAUGCCUUCGUAGCACAGGCUCGCAAGAUAUAUAACCCCAUCGGGUUUUCUAAAGGCUACAACUUUGUCCUGUGGUUCAUUUUCCUCGGAGCCCUUUUCGGUUUUACCCUGGCGCGUCUUCAGUAUCUCAACAUUUUUGGGGUGUACUGUGGUGAAAGUGCGGGCGCGAGCUCAGCCGCUCUGCCUGGAGAGUGUUUCUACUAUCUCCAGCCACGAAGCCGAGAACAAAUCGGAAUAAUACUGCACCUGGGGUGCAUUCUGCCUGCUUCAUUGCUGGUUUGCCUUCAAUUCAUACCUGUGUUGCGGCACAAGGCUAUCAUUGUGCACCGCAUCAACGGCUACAUUGUUGUCUUGCUGUCUCUCAUCGGCACUGCAGGUGCUCUCAUGAUUGCUAGGCAUAGUUUUGGCGGCGGUAUUGAAAUCCAGACCGGUGUUGGCGUCCUAGGCAUCAUGUUCAUUGGGUCGUUGGUCCUCGCAUUCAUAAACAUCAAGAGAUUGCAGAUUGAGCAGCAUCGUGCUUGGAUGCUGAGGGCAUGGUUUUAUGCUGGAGCUAUAAUAACUUUGCGCAUCAUCAUGAUCCUUACCGUCAUGAUUAUGGAUGUCACUGGAGAAUACUACAUCGCUCAGCCUUGCGACAAAAUCAACUUUAUCCUCAAGAGCGCGGAAAAAACGGCUACUCGGUACCCGGAAUGUGCGGCCUUCUUCUCGGGCGAGAACCCAAGUCAACAGGCCCUAGUACAGGCAAAAUAUUCUGGCACAGAUGCUGUGCAGGUAACGGCUGCGUUCAAUCUGGUGUUUGGUAUGGCCGCAUGGUUGGCUGUGGCACUACACGCUAUUGGCGUUGAAUUAUAUCUUCGUCUGACACCCGCCGAAGCCGAACGCCUCAGGAAUGUAUCCUAUCAAAGGCAGGUCGAGGCAGGGUUGAAGCCCGCAGGCCGUGCUGGUCUAACAGCCGACCGCCUUGGUGAUGCUGCAACAUGGCAACCUCGUGAUGCUUACAAGGCGGAGAAAGUGUCCAGUGGCUCAGAUCAACAACACCUUGCGACACCAUUAUCCUAA